ACGCUUGCCUUCCUUGCCUUGCCUCGCACUAUAUAGCUGUCGCUGAGCUUGAGCUGCUUUCCGCAUCCCCCUCCCGGUUCACGAAGCCGGGAGAUUCAUUUUUGCGCCAGUUCGUUGGGUUCCGUUGAUCAUUUCGUGGCCAGUUAGAAUUCUAGGUAGACCCAGCUUGUUGUCUUGACUAGGAGGACGGCGAGCUUCGGACGAUUCGCAGAAGGGAAAUCGAUGGCGCUGUACGCGGAUCACGACGCGCUCCGGGCGUCGGCGGCCGACCUGCGGAUCGUCACGUCGGACGGGCAGAGCAUCGCCGCGCACUCCUACGUUCUUGCCUCGGCGUCGCCGGUGCUGGAGCAGAUGAUUGACAGGGCGUGGCGCGGGUGGGGAGCCGAGUGCACCGUCCGCGUCCUCGGCGUCCUCUCCGACGCCGUCCUCGCCUUCCUCCAUUUCCUCUACUCCUCCAGGGUGGCGCCGGAGGAGGAGGAGGUGGUGGGCGCGCACGGGCCGCAGCUGCUGGCGCUGGCGCACGCGUACCGCGUGGGGUGGCUGAAGCGGGCCGCGGAGGCGGCCGUGUCGGCGCGGCUCACAGCGGAGCGCGCCGUGGACAUGCUGAAGCUGGCAAGGCUCUGCGACGCGCCGCAGCUGUACCUCCGGUGCGCGCGCCUCGCCGCCAAGGACUUCCCCGCCGUCGAGCGGUCCGAAGGCUGGCGCUUCGCGCGCCUCCACGACCCGGCCCUGGAGGGCGAGCUCCACCAGCUCCUCGAGGACGCCAAUCAGCGGAGGGAGCGGUGGGCGCGGGAGAGGGCGUCCCAGGAGGCGUACCGUCAGCUCGGCGAGGCCAUGGACUCCCUCGACCGCAUCUUCGCCGACGACGGCUGCUGCGACGCGCCGUCGACGGACAAGCCGUGCGCGGCGCGGGACAGCACCUGCCAGGGCCUGCGGCUGCUGAUGCGGCACUUCGCCACGUGUGCCCGGAAGAUCGCGCCGGGCGGCUGCGCGCGCUGCAAGCGCAUGCUGCAGCUCUUCCGCCUCCACGCCUCCAUCUGCGACAGGCCGGACCUGGACCAGCCAUGCCGAGUGCCGCUGUGCAGCCAUUUUAAAACCAAGAUGCAGAUGGAGAAGGCGGACAAGACAUGGCGGCUCCUGGUGAAGAAGGUGACGAGGGCCAGAGCAAUGUCUUCCUUGGCCGAAAGGAAGGUGCCGGAGGUUGUGGCACAGUCAUGGGCGAGGUACAGCAGCAGAUGGGCUAAGUUGAGAUGAAGAAGCACUACAUGUACAUGGCCAAUCUCCAUCGCAUGCAAUUUUGCUGCUGUCCUCUCUAGUUACUCUAAGUCGGAGUACGGCAGAACACAAUGUGACGCUGUCAAGUAGGUGGAGACAACUUAGGCAGAAUAGAAAUAAUAUUUACAUUUUCUAUGGGAAAUAAUAAAAUAUGAUGUGUAGGCCUUAUAUAUGUACUAAAAGUGGACUUGGUAUAUUAGCUGCAAUGAUGUUGUUCCUAAAACAAGGCUGUCAUAUUGUCAGAGGUUCAUCAGAGAUGCAAUGUGCUACAAGAAACUAUUUUUGGAUUUUCAGUA